AUGGAGAUCAACCAUUCGAAAUUAACGAAGGACCCUGUGUUAGGGAACGGCAUCGCCGCUACUAAAGAUCUGGACGCUGGAGAAGUGGUUAUCUGCAUUAAUGAGCCGUUCGUGACCGUGGUGGAAAAGGAUGCUCUCGAGAGAGUUUGCUCAUAUUGCAUGCUCGAGCAUGAAACUUCGUCAUUGAAAAGAUGUACGAGGUGCAAGGUCGUCCGAUAUUGUUCAGCAGAAUGUCAAAAGCUGGAUUGGAAGUUGAUCCACAAGAACGAGUGCUCGCUGCUGACGAAACUGCCCCAUACACCGCCUACUUCCUUCAGAGCCCUGUAUCAGCUGCUGCUUCGUUAUCCAGAAUUUGGCACUGAAUUGGAUCCGCGGUCUGCGAAUUUGGAGCACCAUGUCCAUGAUUUUAAGAAAGAUGAGAAAAGAUGGGGUGAGACAAUGCUCCAGGCGAAAGCUGUCACGGAAUAUUCGAAGAGCCCGUCCACCAAAACUGAGAAGGUGGCGACCCUUCUCUGCAUCAUGCGUAUUAAUGGGUUCCGAGCCGCUCUUCCAGACGACACACCCAUUGGACUUUGCUACGAGCCAACCCUAGCUCUUGCCAAUCAUUCUUGCAUGCCGAAUGGAUUCAUCAUGUUUGAUGGCCGUUGCGUAUCAAUCAUAGCCUUGAAUCCAAUCAAGAAGGAUGAUAAUAUAUUCAUUACCUAUGUGGACCCUACGCAGAGCCGAGACACUCGGAGAGCAGAGCUGCGAAAUCGGUAUUUCUUCGACUGUAAUUGCGAGAAAUGUAUGGAUGACGAAAACCCAUAUGAGAUAUUCCGCAAGACUAGAGUAGUAUCCUCGCCAGAACUAGACGAUUUUGUCGACCACAAAGUCCUUGGAACCAAUGCCGGUUCCCGAAUUGCAACUAUCCAAAGAUUAGGGCAGGAGUCGCAAUCACUCAGCCUAGUGAUAACCAAAGUUUAUGGCGUUUUACAGCAAAGCAGAUCUGCAGCUUCACAGACCGAGCGCCUUAGCCUCCUGAAGCAAGCAUUAUCAGACCUAUCAGUCUUGAAAGCAAACCAACUGUUUGCUCUACCGCCAUACCCUAUAAUCAUGGACGAACUAUAUAUCGCUUAUGUCGAUAACGGCCAUCUACAAUCAGCGCUCCUCCUCCUCCUCUUCAUUUCCCUUAACUGUGAUCCAUACAGCUGGCCACAGCCGCACCAUCCAUUCCGUGUCACUCACCUCUUUACGAUUUCCCGACUCCUCAAAUACGCCGCUUCUCUCGAGCCUGCCACGCUUGCACAAAACCUGAGUUGCGUACCCAAGGGAAUUUUGGAGGGCAUUGACUUCAUAGAUGCCACCCAUGCUGUUCUGAUUCUUGUGAAUGAGUUUGCACCUAAAAGCCAUGGGAGGGAUACAACGUUUGCGAGGCAGGUCCAAGAAGAGAUAAGAGAGGUAGAGGAAGUGCAAAGAUUGAGGGGUAGGACCGGUGAGAUUUUAAGACGUUGGCAAAGUGGUCGAGAUUCGGGGAAGGAAGGCAUACUCAUUGCAAAGAGGAUUUUUGAUGGGCUGAAAACCUUGGCGGGGUUUGCGUUUACAGUCAUUGAGAUACAGACGCUCUAA